GUUAAUCCCAAAAUCAUAGGAUUAUCGCGAUGCUUCAAAGAUAACAGGCAGGCGCCACGUUUCCCCGAACAAACUUGGGCGUCGUGGCACGCGACAGCAGUCACGCAAGCCACGCUAGAAAUGUCGGCAGUCGAAGCGGUCCCGACGCCGUAGCCCGUAGUUGAGUGUUGUUGGUUCAAUGUUCCCCCGCUUGCCGGUCUCCGGCACCACAUCUCCGGUGGCGGGAAGCUUUCCCGCAUCCUUCCCCUGGAAGCUUUUACCCCAACCGGCCAAGACUCUCCGGAAGCGAACCAAUGAUUAUGCGGCAAGUCGAUGUGGUUAACCUUACUUGUAUCAAAUCCGGGGGAUUUUUUUAUGCUUAUCUCCAUGACUUCCCACGUUCAACCCGCCGAUCGCUUGUCGGUGUCUGUUUCCAUUGUCAAUAUCAACAGACAUAACAACGGCAAUGGCAAGGUCGAUUGAGGCCGCUCCGGACAGAAGCGAAGCGUGGGCGAAGGAGAAGAGGGAAACAGGACCUGCCAGCAAGCCAAAUUCGGAUGAGUCUAUCACGAGCGAUGACGCAGGCACUGUCGACGAGAUUGUGCAGGAACAGCCACCAGCUCUUCCCUUCUCCAAGGCACGAUGCAUAGCCCUCGUGGCAACGGUUGCGGGAGCUAGUUUCCUGAAUACUCUAUCUAGCCAGGCGGUUGUCAUUGUGUUGCCAUCAAUCGGACGGCACUUGGACAUUCCAGAUUCUCGGCUGCAGUGGGUGGUGUCUGCGUAUAAUCUUGCAUUUGGUUGCUUCCUCCUGCUUUGGGGCCGCAUUGCCGACAUCUACGGCAAGCGCAAGAUCUUCAUAUGGGGCUCUGCUUGGGUAGCUAUCACCACCGUCAUCAAUCCAUUCCUGCCAAACGAGAUCGCAUUCGACCUUUUUCGAGGUCUGCAAGGCUUGGGGGCGGCGGCGAACGUGCCUACAGCGAUUGGCAUUCUAGGAACAGCCUUUCCCCCUGGGAAGGCAAAGAACUAUGCUUUUAGCUGCUAUGCCGCUGGAUCGCCACUCGGCGGUGUCUUCGGCAAUCUGAUGGCCGGGCUCAUUGCCGAAUAUGCGUCAUGGAAAUGGGUCUUCGGCGUAAUAGCCAUCCUCGCAGCCAUAAUCACGGUGGCCGCCAUAUUUGUGAUCCCGCCACCCAAGCAUACUCUUCACCAAGACGGAGCAUCAGUCAAGGGAUCUGUAGAUUGGAUUGGAGCCGUCUUGAUUACUGCCGGCCUUCUUGUCCUGCUAUUCGCGCUCACCGAAGGCAAUGUGGUCGGGUGGAGGACACCUUGGGUCCCGGUUCUGAUCGUUGUUGCUGUCGCUCUGGUGGCUGUCUUUGUUCUUUGGCAACGACACCUAGAGAAGACAGGCAAGCAGGCGCCAAUCAUGAAGGUGUCCAUGUUCCACAACAAGCGCUUCAGCGCGGCAAUGCUCAUCAUGGCUCUGUUCUUCAGUAGCUUCGGUGGAUGGAUGGUGUUUGCGACCUACUUCUACCAGGACUACCAAGGCCAAUCUUUGAUCCAGACAACGCUUCGGUUCCUGCCAACCGGAGUGAUGGGUCUCGUUUGCGCCUUUGUCGUUUCUCAGUUGCUCUCGCGCGUGCCAACCUACAUGAUGCUGGCAUUCGGAAACGCUUGUGUGGCCAUCACCUGCAUCCUCUUCGCCGCGCCGAUCCCUCCCCAUACAUCCUACUGGGCAUGGGCAUUCAUAGGCAUGAUCCUGUCUGUCAUUGGCGCGGACACGGCAUGGCCCUGCUUGAUUCUAUUCACGAGCCACUCGCUCCCACAAGCGGAUCAGGCUCUGGGUGGUGCUCUUGUCAACGCUUGUGGGCAAAUUGGUCGCGCGAUAGGACUUGCCAUUGCGACAGCCAUCCAAACCGCGGUGAUGGCGCAACAACGUGGUGUCAGUGUUGAGGACGCCGGGUCCAUGAAGGAGUGGGAAGACGCGUCCCUGGCCGGCAUCAGAGCCGCCAACUGGUUCCAUAUGGCGUUGGGACUCUGCUCACUCGCUGUCGUGUUAAUUGCCUUCCGAGGCUCUGGUAUCAUUGGGAAGAUUCCUGCAGGGAACGUCAAGAAAGACGAGCAACAGUCAGCACAACCUGGACAACCGAGAGCAGCGGAUGAGGAAUUGGGGAUCAGCAAAUCUGAUGACGCAAAGAAGAUAUCCCAAUAAUGUCAUUUCUGUUUGUUUGUUUUCGAAGAUUGGCAAUAUCUUCACAUGUUGUAGAGUUGGGGUGGUGCCUUGACGUCAACGGGGGGACCUUGUGUAGAUUAGAAGACGAUCUGCAAUUAUUGGUGCAACUUGUCCGGUUCGGUUGGACGAACGAGUGUGUCCGACGGUGCUGCGGUUUUCGGAGUAAAGUUUGACGUCAAGUG